GCUGUGUGAACAUGGUGCCAGGUCUGAAGGUCCUUCUGUUCCUCACCCUGCAUCUCCUGCAGGCUGGGAAAGGCUCCAUGGUCCAUCUCAACAACAAUGGAUACGAGGGUGUGAUCAUUGCAAUUAACCCCAGUGUGCCAGAGAAUGACAGACUCAUCCCAAGCAUAAAGGAAAUGGUAACUCAAGCCUCCACGUACCUGUUUGAAGCCACUGAAGGAAGAUUUUAUUUCAGGAAUGUAAGCAUUUUAGUUCCCACGACCUGGAAGUCAAAAACUGAGUACUUAACACCGAAACAAGAAUCAUAUGACCAAGCAGACGUCAUAGUUGCCGAUCCUCAUCUGAAAUACGGAGACGAUCCCUACACCCUUCAAUAUGGACAGUGUGGGGACAGAGGACAGUACAUACAUUUCACUCCAAACUUCCUGCUCACGGAUAACAUGAAUAUCUAUGGACCCCGAGGCAGAGUCUUUGUCCAUGAGUGGGCCCAUCUCCGGUGGGGGGUAUUUGACGAGUAUAACAUGGACCGGCCUUUCUACAUGUCUGGAAAGAACGUUAUCGAAGCAACAAGGUGUUCCACCGACAUCGUUGGCACCAAUGUGAUCAGUGAGUGUCGGGGAGGCAGCUGUUUGACAAAGAAAUGCCGACGUGACCCAAAGACAGGACUGUAUGAUCCCAAAUGUACAUUUAUCCCAAACAAGUCCCAGACUGCCAAGGCCUCCAUAAUGUUCAUGCAAAGUCUCGAUUCUGUGGUUGAAUUUUGCAGCGAAAAAAACCACAAUACAGAAGCCCCGAACCUACAAAACAAAAUGUGCAAUCACAGAAGCACAUGGGAAGUAAUCAAGGCGUCUGCUGACUUUCAGAAUACCACUUCCAUGACAGGAACAGAAGCUCCUCCUCCGCCUACAUUUUCAUUGCUCAAGUCCAGACAGCGAGUGGUCUGCUUGGUGCUGGAUAAAUCCGGAAGCAUGAGCAUACGAAACCCCAUCACUCGCCUCACCCUAAUGAACCAAGCAGCAGAACUGUACUUAAUUCAAAUUAUUGAAAAAGAAUCCUUGGUCGGCCUGGUCACAUUUGAUAGCAUUGCCACAGUCCAAAAUCAGCUGAUAAGAAUGAUCAAUGACAGCUCCUACCUAGAGAUCAGUGCAAAGCUGCCUCAAGAAGCUGCUGGUGGAACUUCAAUUUGCAACGGACUCAGAAAAGGAUUUGAGGCAAUUACCUCCAGUGGCCAGAAUACUUCCGGUUCAGAGAUCGUCUUGCUGACAGAUGGGGAAGACAGUGGAAUAAGCUCAUGCUUUGAGGAGGUCAAACACAGUGGUGCUGUCAUCCACACCAUUGCCCUAGGGCCUUCUGCUGCCCGAGAACUGGAGACUCUGUCGGACAUGACAGGAGGGCGUCGCUUUUAUGCCGGUGAAGGCACCAACAGCCUGAUUGAUGCUUUCAGUGGGAUUUCAUCUAAAAGUGGCAACAUCUCGCAGCAGGCUCUGCAGUUGGAGAGCAGAGUCUUGUUGACUGACGGGAAGGAAUGGCUAAAUGGAACAGUACCUGUGGACAGCACCGUAGGCAAUGACACGUUCUUUGUUAUCACCUGGACGGUACAAAAGCCAGAAAUUAUUCUUCAAGAUCCAAAAGGAAAAAACUACACAACCUCAGAUUUCCAAGAAGAUAAGCUAAAUAUCUUCUCUCUCCGCCUUCGGAUUCCAGGCAUUGCCGAGACAGGUAUUUGGACUUACAGCCUUAAGAGUACCAAGUCUCAGUUGCUAACGGUGACAGUGACCACUCGAGCAAGAAGUCCCACCAUGCUCCCAGUCAUCGCCACUGCUCACAUGAGUCAAAGCACAGCCCAGUACCCUAGCCCGAUGAUUGUGUAUGCACGGGUCAGCCAAGGGUUUUUGCCUGUUCUGGGAGCCAAUGUCACAGCCAUCAUAGAAGCUGAAGAUGGACAACAAGUCACCCUGGAGCUCUGGGACAACGGGGCAGGUGCUGACACACUCAAAAAUGAUGGCAUCUACUCAAGAUAUUUCACAGACUUCCAUGGAAACGGCAGAUACAGCUUAAAGGUCAAUGCCCAGGCAAGGAAGAACAUCACUAAACUAACUCUAAAACAAAAGAUUAAGUCUUUCUAUGUACCUGGCUACGUUGAAAAUGAUCAAAUUAUACUAAAUCCACCCAAACCGGAAGUCCCAGAAGAAGCCACAGAAGCUACAGUGGAAGACUUCAGCAGAGUAACCUCUGGAGGGUCGUUUACUGUGUCUGGAGCGCCCCCUGAUGGCAACCACACUCAUGUGUUCCCACCCAGUAAAGUCACAGACCUGGAGGCUGAGUUUAUAGGUGAUCAUAUUCAACUUACAUGGACCGCCCCUGGCGAGGUCCUCGAUAAAGGAAGAGCACAUAGAUACGUCAUCAGGAUGAGCCAGCAUCCUCCGGAUCGCCAAGGAAAUUUUGACAAUGCUACCUUAGUGAAUACUUCCCGUCUGAUACCUAAAGAGGCUGGCUCACAAGAAACAUUUGAGUUCAAACCAGAAACUUUUGAAAUAGGAAAUGGCACCCAGAUCUACAUUGCGAUUCAGGCCAACAAUGACGCCGGUCUCACCUCCGAGGUCUCCAACAUCGAACAGGCUGUCAAGUUUAUUCCUCCACAGGAACCCAGCAUCCCUGAUCUGAGUGCCAAAAUGUCCAUAUCCAGUUUGACAGUUUUUGUAUUUGUAGCAAUUUUAUUCAUAUUUUAAACUAGAAAUUAUAGUAGAACUAAAAUCCAAUCUUUGAAUUCAAA